AUCAACGAUCUUAUCAAGCGGACAACGAAUCCAAUCAGCAAAAUGUUGUUUUGGAAGCGUCUUCGUCGCUCCCCCAAUGCUGCAACACUCACGACAGACGACUCUCGGCCCAACUCGACUCAGGAGCGUCGAUUUUUUGGUAUCCUACGUUCGACCAAACGGAAGGAAGUUGCCACACCACCGCCGACCUACCGCCCGAAUGGCGGUGAUCCAACCGCCACGGAUGCCCCGCCAGGGGAUGGACAUGGACACCCACUGGGCUAUGAGGAUGCCGUCACUGUAGAGCUGCAGGCGCAGGAGAACGACUACGUUUUGGAAGAGUCCAGCCGUCGAGUGCACUGCACGCCGCCGCCAUUCUACUGCCCCCUGCCGCUGACACCACCGCCCAGCUACACAGAGAGGCAGGGAACGGUAGCAGGAGCAAGGUCAGGUCCGCCGCAGCUGGCGGAUAAUGCAGCGACGCCCGCGCGAGCAACAGCCAGCAGCAGCGAAGCAGCAGCGCGACAGCAGCAGGCAAGACGUCGCCGACGACUGCGGGAAUUGCAGCAGCAGCAGCAGGAACUACGAUUCGCAUCUAGUACCGACAGCUCCAGCAGCAGCGGAUCCAGCAUCAGCGACUGCGAGUUGGGCAGCGGCGGCAGCGCAGUUAGGCGCCAGCGUCGACGCAGACGCAGACGCAGCCGCGGACUGAGGGAUGCCUAUUGUCCGGACCUGUUGCACGCCUGCGCCCUGAUUCUCCAGCAGCCCGGAAGCAGCGACAGUUCAGUGGGAAACUUCACGGCCACGCCCCCACCGCCAACGCCAGCAGUAGCCCACGGGCGGGCAGAGGGCGAGGAGGAGGAGGAGGAGGGACUGGAGUACAGCUCGGACUAUGUGGAGAUCGACGAGCUGCUGCCACUAGUCGCUGCUGCCGUAGGGCCGAGAGCCAAGAGCACACCCCAACUGCAGCAUGCUGUAGGGCUAGGGCUCGACGACGACGCGAUGGGUCAGAAUCUGAGCCUGCGACGACCUCGAAUCUCACUCACCUGGGUGCUCCGGGAGCAGCAACAGCCGCAGCCGGCGGCGCCGGAGCAGACCCAGAACCAGGACUCCAACGAGGUCAAGUCCUCGGAUCUGGGUGGCGACCACAAGGAGAACGAACUGCAGCACACAUCCAUCAGCAUUGGAAAUGGUGGUGGGCAAACGAGAACGGAGCCAGUGCCCACACAGCUGGAUGUCAGCGUCAGCAAGAAGCGGUACCGAGUCAAGCAGCUGCCGGGCGGCACGGAGCCCCUCAAUGGGUACGCCACCACGCCCACGGGUCACCAGGCGCCGGGCAACGGCCAUCUGGGCCAGCAGAAGUUCUUCAGCAACCAGAAUCUGCUGGACUACAAGGAAAGGGCGGUACCACGGAGCCAGAGCCAUGCGCAGGCCGGAGCUCCGGUGGCCGCCGCCUCCACCAAAGAGCUGCUCUUCGUGUGCACGCCCCAGCGGGCGCCCAAGAGCGAUGCGCACAGCGAGGCCCUGAUACUGGCCCGGAAGCGGAACGAGAUCCGUAAGAAGCUGGCCAGCCGGCUGCAGCAGGCGCGUUCCAUGGGAGUAGGCGCCGCCGCCUCCACCAACGCGGGAGAGUCGUGCAACGGCCAGGCGAGAGCCUCGACAGUCACGACAGCCGACUCGCUGAAGUGCACCUACUCGGAGCCCAGCCUGGUGGCAGCCUCGGAAGUGGGUUGCGGGGUGCCGGGAGGAGCGGCCCCUCAGCAGCAGCGACGGCAUCGCCAUCGCAAGCGCAGGGACCGGAAUCGGGUACAGCGCUUCGGCUAUGAGAUCCACAACGUGGACGAGUUCCUGUCGCGCUGCUCGCUGGCCACGCCGGGCAACAUACCCGUAGUCCUGGCCACGGCCAGCACCCUUUACCAGACGCGUCCGGGUGGCUAUCAGCUGGAGAUUCCCCUGCCGCUGGGCAUGGUCGUGAAUGCCGUCUUCAAGAACCAGAACUGGCUGUACGUGCAGACGCCGCACGCGGAGGAGGGCUACGUCGGCUAUGCCUGCUGCCUGCCGCUGGGAAUCCUCCCGCAGGCGGCUCGAAGCGGCUCCCGGCACACGCCAUGCUGGGAAUCCAACGCAGACGUCUUUCCCCGUCCCUGCGGCAACAUGACCGACUCGGAGAAGGAGAUUCGUAUGCGCGGCGGCACUCGCUCCGAUGGCGCCCGCACUCCACGCAGCUCCAAACCCGUCGCCGAGGUGCUGCCCCUGAGCAUCAAUAACAACAACAACAACAAUAAUAGCAUUAGCCAACAUCAGGUGACCAAGGGGGGCAGCACGACCAGCUCUCUGUACGGGGAGCAGCAUGUGGACAAGCUGUAUCUGCGAGCCGCCUCCCAGCCAAAGCUCGUGGAGAAGGCCUACGCCCAGCUGCGCUCCACUAAGCAGGUGGGUCUGGCCUCCGGCUCAGCAUCGGUACGGAGCGGAGCCUCCAACGAUGAGUACGUCACGCUGCAGCAACAGCAGCAGCAGCAGCAGAAGAGCACCAAGAAGCAGCCCCAUCUGCAUGUGUCCCAGUCCCAGUCUCAGUCCCUGGCAACGCGACGCGUCUCGAACGUCUCGUACAUCACCAAUGGCCACAACGGACAGCAUCUGCAUCCAAAGACCCUUCCCCAGCAGCCCCAGCAGCCACAUCAUCAGCCAGCGGUGGCCACAGCACUGAGCGUGCUACGAAAGCAGCAGCACAACGGGCUACGUCAAACUCUAGUCGCCAUCAACUCGGACUACGUCACGGAGAGCAUUGCGGUGCACAAGGGGGAUAUUGUGACGCUGUGCGAGUGUCGCGAGUCAAAGGAUCAGCGCCAGUGGUUCUACGUGAAGACGCGCGACGGUCGCGAGGGCUUCAUACCGGCCGAGGUGGCCGGCCAUGGCUACCUGUAGACCUGUAGACCAACCCCCAUAGACCUUAGUCCAUACCCAACCCACCUGGCAGCUCCCCCCAAAACAAGUCAAGCUCUACGCGUGUAACUCAAUUAGCAUUAUACCCACCAUAUCCAACGUAAGAACAUUAAUCCACUCCAUUCGCGCUCCUUAGUACGCUUCUAGUUUGUACGAAUAUCUUGUAUGUGAAUCGGCAGUUGUAUAUGGUAUUGUAUAUGUAUGUUCGUGUGUAUCCAGUGGAUUCGAUGCGUCGUAUCCACGAGUAUCUCUAGCUAACCUAACGAGUAGUCUAUGUAAUAGAAAACUUGCUAAACGAAAAUCAAAGACGAGAGCGCAGAAGGAAACUAUUUAUAUGAUUAUUGUACUUGAUGCUUCUACUAAAUAACAUUAACUGAUAUUUAAAUAUAUUAAUUACAAAAUCGUA